CACUUCUCUCCUCGGCACUGCCCUAAUGGCUAAUCCCGCCCCAGUAUCGCCACUUUUGGAUUAAAGUUGAUUCCCAAUCCGGAUGCCAAACACAAAAGGAGGAUUUCAAAUCCAGGGGUUCCGAAUCCACGCUCCCAAACAGGCCCACUAUUCCUCUUCAGGGGUUCUGUAACCCGACUCACCCUUCUUGUAUUCUGCGAAAACCUAAAAAUCCUCUCUCUCUCUCUCUCUCUCUCUCUCUCUCUGGGAAUUGCAGCGGCGAUGGAGGAGAUUCUGGUAGGAAUCCUGUUCAUGCUGCUCGCUUUAGCCAUCUUCCCUCUCUAUCUGUGGAGAAGAAGCCAGGUUUCUCGAUCCGAUCGAGAAGAACAACCGCAGAUACCACAGAGGGAGGCAGUAGUUCGCCACUCUGCAACUCGCCGCAUGCGACGGAGGCCAGCUGCUGCCAGUACUUCUGCAGCUGCAGCAGCUACAGAAGAGAUAAUUGCUGAAAGUGAUGAGGAUGUUGCUGAGGUUGAUUAUGUUGCUAAAGCAGCGAAUAAGAAGGAAAAGAAACGACAAGAACGAGAGGCACAGCGACAGGCUGAUGAAGCAGCACGUGAGUCGAGGCAAACAAAGCAAGACCACUAUGCAGAAAUGAGGCGGAGGAAGGAUGAGGAGCGCGAAGCUCAGGAGCGUUUGCUGGAAGAAGAAGCUAGGGCUCAACAGGCAAAGGAGGAGGAAGCUGCCGCGUUGGAGUUUGAGAAAUGGAAGGGGGAGUUUUCUGUUGAUGCUGAAGGUACAACAACAGAUGAAAUGCAAGAUGGGAGCCAGGGCUUGCUUUCUGAUUUUGUGGAAUACAUCAAGAAAAACAAGUGUGUUCAAUUAGAAGAUCUGGCAGCCGAGUUCAAGCUACGCACUCAGGACUGCAUCAAUCGAAUAACGUCACUGGAAAGUAUGGGACGGCUAUCUGGUGUGAUGGAUGAUCGAGGAAAGUACAUAUAUAUCUCAGCUGAGGAAAUGAAAGCAGUCGCAGACUACAUCAAACGUCAGGGAAGGGUUAGCAUUUCACAUUUAGCCAGUAGGUCCAACCAGUUCGUCGAUUUGGAGCCAAAACUGCAAUUUGUUGAAGAAAUUGGCAGUUCUGACGGGAUUGCUGUGGGUUAAGCUUGUGUAAAUCUGUUACUUGAAAAUCCAAAUGCUUGAAUACAGGAAGAAAUUUUUUUUUU